CCCGGGUCUCUCCCGGCUGACUUGGCUUCUCUGCCCUCCUUGCCACCAAACUAGAGUUGUGAUCCACCAACUGCACCGCCAGGCUGCACUCUGAGCCGCACCGGCCACACCUGAAGCCUUCAGGGAGAUCAGAAGAUACAACUCCAUCAGCUUUGAAAAGGGACUAGAUUGCUACUGUCACAGUGGGCGGGGAGCGAGGCCACACCCCCAGCCUGCCCACUCGAGCCGAGGGUGUGAGGCGUUCCAGCAGCUCUGGUGGACCGAGCUCCUUGGGCCAUGGCCGCUGCACAGCCCCGGCUUCCCGUGGGGGCGGCCAUGGUCCGGCGCUUGGCCCGGGGCUGCUGGUCUGCGUUCUGGGACUACGAGACGCCCAAGGUGAUCGUGGUGCGGAAUCGGCGCCUGGGAUUCGUGCACCGCAUGGUGCAGCUGCUCAUUCUGCUUUACUUCGUGUGGUACGUCUUCAUCGUGCAGAAAAGCUACCAGGACAGCGAGACCGGUCCGGAGAGCUCCAUCAUCACCAAAGUAAAGGGGAUCACCAUGUCGGAACACAAAGUGUGGGACGUGGAGGAAUAUGUAAAGCCCCCGGAGGGGGGCAGUGUAGUCAGCAUCAUCACCAGGAUCGAGGUUACCCCUUCCCAGACCCUGGGAACAUGCCCAGAGAGCAUGAGGGUUCACAGCUCUACCUGCGGUUCAGAUGACGACUGUGUGGCCGGACAACUGGACAUGCAAGGCAAUGGGAUUCGGACAGGGCACUGUGUACCCUAUUACCAUGGGGACUCCAAGACCUGUGAGGUGUCAGCCUGGUGCCCAGUGGAGGAUGGAACUUCUGAAAACCAUUUUCUGGGCAAAAUGGCCCCAAAUUUCACCAUCCUCAUCAAGAACAGCAUCCACUACCCUAAGUUCAAGUUCUCCAAGGGCAACAUUGCAAGCCAGAAGAGUGACUAUCUGAAACAUUGCACGUUUGAUCAGGACUCUGACCCAUACUGUCCCAUCUUCAGGCUGGGCUUCAUUGUAGAGCAGGCAGGAGAGAACUUCACAGAACUGGCACACAAGGGUGGUGUCAUUGGUGUCAUCAUCAACUGGAACUGUGACCUGGAUCUGUCUGAAUCAGAGUGCAACCCCAAAUAUUCUUUCCGGAGGCUCGACCCCAAGUAUGACCCUGCCUCCUCAGGCUAUAACUUCAGGUUUGCCAAGUAUUACAAGAUAAAUGGCACCACCACCACUCGAACUCUCAUCAAAGCCUAUGGGAUUCGAAUCGAUGUUAUUGUGCAUGGGCAGGCAGGGAAAUUCAGUCUCAUUCCCACCAUCAUCAAUCUGGCCACUGCUCUGACCUCCAUCGGAGUGGGCUCCUUUCUGUGUGACUGGAUUUUGUUAACGUUCAUGAACAAAAACAAGCUCUAUAGCCACAAGAAGUUCGACAAGGUGGUGGACACUCUUGACCAGCAUAUGGGACAAAGGCCUCCUGUCCCUGAGCCUUCCCAACAGGACUCCACAUCCACGGACCCCAAAGGUUUGGCCCAACUUUGAUCUCAUUCUAAGAUACAGACCUGGAUCUGGGAGGGCAGAGACAGCUUCUGCUGCUAGGCAGCCCUAGGGAAGAUCUGCGAUCUUCAGUAACCAUGCCCAUGUGACUGGGAAACAGACACCUGUGCAAGAGGACAGGCAUCUUGCUCUAGCUCAGGCUUAUAUUCUUCCUCUCCGUAAAGGCUUCUGGGGAGAAGUGGGUUCCUGCCAUCUCCUUUCCCAACAGAACUCAUAUCCUUUCCCUGCCCACCUCUUGUACUCUCACACAGCAUUCUGGAACCCCAAAUUAGAGCUAUGUCCUCCUGUUGUAUAAUUUUAAGCCCCCCUUUAGAAGUUGCAGCAUGUGAGUCUAAUAAACUGGUGAUGAGCU